GCACAAGGGAGAAUAGAAAGGAACGUCACACCUGCACCAGGGACAGAGGUGUCAGGAACACGUGGAUUCACCACUCAUUGAGCCUCAGUAGCAUUUUUGGGGUGGUGACUGUACCCACUGUAUAAAUGGUGAUUGUAAAAGCUUAAUAGGUUCCUAUAUUUAGGACUUACUAGGACCUGCCACUUGUAGGGACCCAGCACGUGGCAGCUACUUCUCUGAUGGCUGGGCCUCCCCCUAUUCCGAGAUUGAAUGGUUUUAAAGGAUCAUUGUGUUCAUUCCAGUUCCUCAAAGUUUUAUCAGAUGCCUUUAGGUGUCAGACACUGGUGAGGAAAAAAGUGAGAGCUCUCACUUAAAUAAUGCUUACUCCUGGCAAUGCCCCGUCUGAUUGCGGGGAGAGAGUCAUCUCCACUUCCCAGAUGGGGAGCUGAAGUAACUCGCCUGAGGUGCCUCAGUUUGUUCGUGGUGGGGUGAGGUCCAGUUUCCCAGCCGCUGACCUGACUCCAGAUCUUUACUGACACACAGGUAAAAUGCCUUCGCACAGAAAUGUUAUGCUUCAGGUGGGCAAGCCACUGUCUAUUGGAUGAAUCUGCCCUACUUUCUGUAUUCAUAUGGCCUCCAAACUAGAGAUGCUGCUUACAUUUUACAAUGAUUAAGAAAAAAUAACAAAAGGGUAAGUUUUUGCACGUGCGCGACUGUGGCCGAGGUUUAGCCGUGGUGGCGGGUAGAGGGCUGAGGCCCAGCAUGUGGGGCCAGGGACACUUUUCUAAAACGUCUGCAGUGGAAAGUGUGAGUUUUUCAGAUUGUCUAAAUGGACGAAGAUACUCAUUAUGAUAAAGUUGAAGAUGUGAUUGGAAGUCACGUAGAAGAUGCAGUAACAUUUGGGGCCCAGCAAAAGAAAGCAGCUGCCAUGGAUUUGGCUAAAAAUUUUGAAAGGUCCUUGAAGAUUCCUGUAGGUACCAGAAUGAAAAAUCUGGCAGCUAAAGUGGAAAUACUGAAAGAAGUCAGGCACGUCAGCAUCAAUGUUCGUUUUGGAAAUGACCUUUCAGAUGCUCUACAAGUGUUGGAUGAGGGAUGCUUUACUACCCCAGCUUCUUUGAAUGAAUUAGAGAAAUUUUGGGCAGAAUACAAUCUGGCUCGAGAGAAGAUUCAAACUUGUCAAAAUGUGAAUGAAGGGAAUAUUUUGAUUGCCAAGAGAAAUGAAGUGCAGCAGAAGCUGUGCCUGGCAGUUGAAGUUUUUGUUUUGGAAAUAGAUGAGUUACCUCUUAAUAAAUGCUUUAAAACAUUGCAGGAUUUGUCAGCUUCUUUAGAAGCAGUGUAUGGACAAGCCAAAGAAGGAACAAACUCUGAAAAAAUACUUAGGAAAUUUUAUGACUGGAAACGUGUUAAAAAACAGGAGUUCACCAAUGGUAGAAGCGAAACAUAUGCUUCUCUACAACGUCUUGUAGCAAGGUUCCAGAAAACCUUAAAGGUUUUUGAUCUGUCUGUGGAAGAAUCACUGACUUCAGAAGAUACAAUCAGUAACACUGAUGAAAUCCUAGAGAAGACCGAGUCAAGUGUUUGCAAAGAGCUGGAGAUGGAAAUUGGUUGAAAAGAAUAAUUUGGAAGAAUCUGAUGAACACGAUGGAUCUGAAAUUGAGAAAAUAAAACAAGAAAUAACCCAGUUAUGCAAUAGUGUCUUUCAAGAAAUUUAUCAUGAGAGGGAAAAAUACGAGAAGCUGAAUACCUUGGGACAGAAAUGGUUCCCUGAGCUGCCUCUGCUUCAUCCUGAAAUAGGAUUACUUAAGUACAUGAACUCUGGAGGUCUUUUUACUAUGAGCUUGGAAUGGGAUCUUCUUGAUGCUGAGCCCGUGAGGAACUUAGCAGCAAGCGUCCUUUGGUAUGUUCUGAGGUUAAUGGGCAGAUAAUUCUUUUAAAGGGCUAUUCUGUGGAUGUUGACACAGAAGCCCAGAGUGAUUCAAAGAGCAGCCACCUACCAUAGAGCUUGGAGAGAAGCUAAAGAAGAGUCAGGGUUACUACCAUUGAUGUUCCUGAUUUUGUGUAAGUCUGAUCCUAUGGCUUACUGAUGGUGCCAUACUAUCCUAGGGCAAACUUGAGUGCUAUUCAAGCCAGUAUGCCUUUAACUUCGGAAGAAGCUUUAAAGGUGAUGAAAGGUGUUGCCCAGGGCCUGCAUACCUUGCACAAGGCUGCCAUAAUUCAUGGGUCACUUCAUCAGAACAAUGUAUUUGCUUUAAACCGUGAACAAGGAAUUGUUGGAGACUUUGACUUCACCAAAUCUGUGAGUCAGUGAACCUCAGUGAACAUGAUGGUUGGUGACUUGAGUUUGAUAUCCCCUGAACUGAAAAUGGGAAAACCUGCUUCUCCAAGUUCAGACUUAUAUGCUUAUGGAUGCCUUUUAUUAUGGCUUUCUGUUGAAAGUCAGGAGUUUGAGACAAAUGAAGAUGGAAUCCCGAAAGUGGAUCAGUUUCAUUUGGAUGAUAAUGUCAAAUUCCUCCUCAGUAGCUUGAUAUAUUCUAGAAGUUCAAUGACGGCUGAGCAAGUUUUGAAAGCUGAAUGUUUCUUGAUACCAAAGGGGAAAUCAGUUACAGACCCAGAAAAAGAUGUUGAAUAUUCCCAAUGUAAAAAGGAAGAAGAAUUUAAGUUAGAGACUUGAAUAAAUAUGAGGAAAAGACAAGAAAUGGUGAAGCCAACUUUGAUUGAUAAAGUAGUGUUCUGUUGUUGUUACAGAUGUUCUUUUUAAUAUCUUUGCUUAUUUUUGUUAAUAAAAAAUCUGAAGAUAAAAAAGAAAAAUAACAAAAGAAGAAAACUAUUUUGUGAUAUGUGAAAUUUCAAGUUUCAGUGCUGGUUCACAUACAUGCUCAUUCAUUUAAAAAUUGUCAUGGCUGCUUGGAUAGUAAAAUGGCAAGACCAUCUGGCUGGAACAAUGAAAUAAUAAAAAUAUUUUUUAUUUGGUUCUUAACAGAAAGUUUGCUGAUCCCCGUUUAGUGCUACCCCUAUCUACCCUUUUUUUCUAAUUAUCCGAGUUAACAUUUCUAUUAUUCCCUGAUUCUGGGAUUCUAAAAUUUUGGGGUUCUAUAAUAGAACCUUCAAGUUACCAUUUAGACUUGAACUUCAAAUACAGAGCAAUGGCUGGAAGGUAGACUCAGCACAUACCUGGUUUCAGGAGAUCUGGGCCAUAGAA